AUGUCGAUGAGUUUUGGUCCUAAAAUUCUCCCUCACACUCACAAAAUCACUCUCUGUCGUAAGACCAAGCUUUCUCUUAUACCUCACCAUUUUCCGCAAAACCAAACUCUCUCUCGAAAACUCACAAAACAAGCUUCGUUCUAUGUAAUGGCUACUAGUAACAAUCUUGAGAGUACUCGUCCCUUGGCUCAGUUUACCCCCACUUUUCUAGGAGAUCACCACUUCUCUGUCCCGGUCGACGAUUCUGAAUUCGAUGCAAUUGAGCAUGAGAUUGAAUCAUUUAUGAAGCCGUAUGUCAGAGAUGUGCUCAUGUCUUCUCCCACCUGUAAUAAGGAGAAGAUUCGUCUCAUUCACUUGCUUAUCAGUCUAGCGAUCUCCCAUUAUUUCGAAAAUGAAAUUGAAGAGAUUCUAAACAAGGCUUUUGGGGAGCUGCAAAUCUUAACCGACAAUGAAGAUGAUUUGGAAACAAUCUCUAUCAUGUUUGAAGUUUUCAGAUUGUAUGGACACAAGAUGCCUUGUGAUGUGUUUGAGAGAUUCAAAGGGGAACAUGAUUGGAAGUUCAAUGAAAGUGUAGUUGGAGAUGUUAGAGGGAUGCUACAGUUGUACCAAGCAUCAUAUCUCAAAACAAAAGAUGAGGAUAUAAUGGAGGAAGCACGAAGUUUCACUAGGACUCACUUAGCAGUGGCUACUACUCAUCCACAUCUCUCAAGGCUCAUACAGCACGUAUUAUACAUACCUAGAUAUCGUUGCAUAGAGAUAGUAGUUGCAAGAGAAUACAUCUCUUUUUACAAAGAAGAAGAAGAUCACGAUGAGAAGUUGCUCAAGUUUGCGAAACUCAACUUCAGCUAUUGCCAGAUGCAUUACAUCAAAGAGCUCAAAGCUCUCAACAAAUGGUGGAAGGAGAUAGAUCUUGCAUCUAAACUGCCGUAUACCUUCCGGGACAGAAUUGCUGAGUUCUGUUUCGGCGUGAUGGGUAUAUAUUUCGAGCCACGAUAUUCUCUUGCGAGAGUUAUAUGCACUAAAAUUUCCAUGAUCAUGACGGUUGUUGAUGAUACAUAUGAUGCAUAUGGUACUCUUCCUGAAGUUACAAGUUUCACUGAUGCUUUGCAAAGGUGGGAUAUUGAAGACAUUGAAGGUCUACCAAGCUAUAUGCAAAUCAUCUUCCAAAAUUUGUGGGAAAUUAUUGGAGAUAUCGAACGAGAGAUGAGUUCGUUAGGAAGAUCUGGAGGUGUGCAACCAACUAUUGAUGAGAUAAAGAGCCUGACCAAGGAAGGGUAUUUAGAGAUAGCUAAAUGGGCACGCACAGGUCAGGUGCCAAGCUUUGAGGAGUACAUGGAGGUUGGGGUUGUCACAGCUGGGAUGGAUGACCUAGCAGUCUACAGCUUUCUAGGGAUGGAAGAAGAUGAUGAGAAGAUAAUGUAUGAGUGGGUCGCGCCUCCAAACCCAAAUUCAUCCAAGCUUUUAACGUUGUGCUUCGUUUGA